UCAUUAACAAGAACAACACUAAAUUUUUCGUGAGACUAUUGAUCAAAAAACAAACAAAGAAUGAAAAAAUUCUUCUCUAUAAUUCUUGUAAUAAUUUCAUCCUUACAAAAAUGGAAUGUCAGCGCUUUUUGUGAUGGGCUUUUCCGACCAUGCUGUGCAGAUGAAAUGUUGAUUGCAAAUAACACAUGUGUUCCGUGUCGUCCCGGAUUUCAUGGUGCAAACUGCACAAGGAUGUGUGAUUACCCAUACUACGGCACAAAAUGUCUAGAUGGUGAAUGUGCCUGUCCGCGAGAGUUUUGUGACAAAGCGACGGGAUGUGUGCAAACAACUCUCAAUCAUAUAACCUCCGUUAAACAAACGUCAAACGUUGAAAGGGAGGAAGAUCUGAAUCAUCCCCCAACAACAAAGAGAGAAUAUUCCACUAAAAGCUCAGACCAUACACUAAAGAAUGCAUCUUCUACUGAAGACUCGGACCAGCAAAACGAAAAUAUUGAUGCGUCAGGUCCAAAUGAAAUUUUGAAAAAUCCAAUUCUAUGGGGCAUAUUGGGGGCAAACUUCAUGUUCCUUAUUCUCAUACUGACGUACGUCUGCAAAAGAACGAUGAGAUGUUGUUCUUCAAAGGAGAGCAAAUCCAAUCAACGGAAACAAUUGGAGGAAACGGCAGAGUCCCAUUAUGAAGAGCUGGAAGAUCUUCACACAAAUACAGAUAUAUCGACCGUUUAUAACAGCUUAAAUAUGGCAGGCCCUUGUUCCUCCCUCAAGGGCUCAAUUUCAUGUUCGGAAUCAUCAAAUUUUAACGAAAGUGGAAAGAGUGCGAAUUACUCAUAUGAUGACAUAGCUAAUGUAAAAGGUGUCUCUUAAACUGAAAUUGAUAUAGUAUCAAACUGCAAAGAAAAGCUAAAUAAUUUUAUUAUCAUGUGGUAUUGAAAAGAUUACACUGUUGUAUUUUUCUUAAUUCCAUAUCCUGGUAGAGGUUACAUUUGUGUCAACAUCUUCGCUAGUCAAGGGUUUCUGAUACGCUACUCUCCUCAUGAACCCUUGGCAUAUGGUGUUGAUAGAAGAUGGGUUUUUUUCUCCAUUUCUGAUUGGGAUUCGGUACAUCCGGUCGACCAAUCAGCAAUUUUUUUUCGUAAAUGCCGAUAUUUGCGUUCGGGAUACUUAUUGACUCUUUAAUCUCGAGAAUGAAAAAAUGCAAGUAAACAACGAUCCGUAAGAUAACAUGCAAUAAUAUGAAUACAUGUAGCUACAGUGUCAUCCAGUAUAUUGAAGUUCGGAUUUGUACCAUAAAUAAUAAGUAAGCAUAACUCAAUUAUUACUUAUUAAUUAUUCUAGAAAAAAAACUUUGAUUUAAUAUUUUUUAAACACACGUCGAUGACGCUAACUGUGCCUACCUUCAAGAUCACAUGACGAAAACAAUUCCGUCAUUUGACUUCACCGUAUGCCAAGAAUUCAUGAGGAGAGUAGCGUAUCAGAAACCCUUGGCUAGCGAAGAUGCUGUGUCAAGAACUGAAGUUAUUUAUUUAUUAUUUAAUUUUCUUUUUAUCUGAGUUCAUAAAUUUACUUUAGCAAUUUUUAAACUUUUUUUUCAUUUCUAGAAAUUUUUUUUAUCAGGAAAAUGUCCAUUUUUAGCAUAUUUGAUCCUUUUAUUCCCGACUCACUUGAAAUCAAUAAGGAAAUUGAGUGUAUUUCCGGAUCUAAUUAAAAUUCACGUUUUUAUUUCAAAAACCUAUUUAAUUUAGCACCACCCUUAUCCUUUGACUUAAUGGAUUUUUUUUUCCUUUUUUUCUAUUUGUGCAGAAAAUUACAAAUUUAUUUGAACAAAUCUCUUGAAAUUAGGAAAUUGUUCCAAUGUUGACAGUUUUGAAAUACUUAAAUUAAUUUCCAGACAUAAGUACCAUAUCAUUAUAAUUUUAUUGAAUUAAAAAUCAUAAUUCUAUAAUGACAAUAUUGUCGUUUCCGCGAUUCUUCAUAGAUAACCCUUUUAUCAGGAAACCUUACUUUUUAUCAUUAUUUUAAAUUGAUAAUAAAAAUAAUCAUAGAACACUAAAUGAACUUUGUUUCAAAACAAGUUUAUUUUUCAAAUUUGCAGUUUUAUAAUUUUAAAUUUGUUUGUUUUCUAACAGUAACUUAUUUAUUUUAUUCAUAUAAAGAUUAGAGUUGUAUAUUAUUGAUCAUUGAUAUGUAGCUGAAAUACAUGUAGAGGACAAUUGUACAAAAAAUCUUUUUUAAAGAAAUGAUCCACCUUUCCGGUAUUUCUCUUGAAACCACACAUUGAGGAGAAAAUUGACUGACCAGCAGUGCAAAUAUUGCCCAAGAGUCACAAAAUAAAACGCUGAUCCCUAAAUCUCCAUAUGAGUGAAAUAUUCUCAAUUGGGACAUAAAUCAAAAAGGAAACAACAAAAAACACACACAGGCUUAAUUAAGCGGGUUGGUCGUUCUUCUCUAAUCAUGCUAAUGGAAAUAACAAUACGCUCAUAAAAAAAUUUACUUUCAAAAAAAUUCUAAGGUGGAAUAGAACAUGAAGAUGAAAUAAAUAUUCAUUAAUCUAUGACUAAGUAUUAUAGUUCAUCGGUGAUAGAAAAUGGUAACCCUUCUUGAAGUUAGUAUUUUCAUUGAAAUGACAAUAGCAUCAAAAGGCAAACUCAGUACACACCGAUAUUUAUCAAACAAAAAAGUAACGGUGAAAUAUUGAUCGCAUAUGUUAUGUUUCCAUUGUGUACAGCUUAUUGAUAUUCUAUUAUAUCUUUCAUUUUAUUUCUUACAUCUUUGUUUAUAAUACAAAUAUUCUCAGACUGAUUAUUGAAAUGAUU